AUGGCGAGUUGGGGUCAGCCUGGACUACCUGGAGACACUCAUGACGAGUUGGGGGUCAUUCUGGACUACCUAGAGACACUCAUGACGAGUUGGGGUCAUUCUGGGCUACCUAGAGACACUCAUGACCAGUUGGGAGGGGAAGGCGGAGUCCGGCCGGGAGAAGAUGGUGAGGGUGAGGGACAUGGCGGUGUACCCCGAGCUGGCCAGGGUCUCGGUGGCGUCGAUGAUGGACUGAGGCAUAGGCAACGGCUACGAUGGCUAGAAGAUGGUGGAGAGUAUGGAGAGAGAAAAUAUGAGGAGAGAGAAUGACGUCAAAAUUAUUCCGGAGAUGACGAAGUUGGCCACGGUGAUUGCGAUGGUGAGGUUGACCGACUUCAAGGUCGUCCGGCCAUAAGGGUUUCGGCGAUGGUGGCGUCGGUGAUGCUCGACGAGGGGGUUGGGCCCCGAUCUGGUUCAGAGAUUGGCCUGUCAAUGUUGUUUUGGAGGUCGGGCUUGUCGGAGGUGCCGAGGUCGAAUUACAGAGAUCGGUCCGUCGACGAUGUUUUGGAGUCGGGCUCGGGUUGGAGAUUCGAGCCCGGGGAUGGUGAGGUCGACUGCUUCGGAGGUGAAGGUGUCUUCCAACGUCUGAGAUCGGCUCCAGACGGUAUGAAUCCAAGCGGAAAUGACGGAUUGGGCGAAAAAUCUGGUGAAUAUGUGAAGGUGGGGGAAUCGGCGACGGAUCUGGCGGUGGUGCACUCAGAUGGGGCGGAUCGUCUUGCGAGACUAAUUCGCUUGCUAUGUGGUGUGGUUUAG